AUUACAACAACCUCCGGCACCGCGACAGCAGCGUCCGUGUUUCAGAAAGAACGGAAAAACUUGCCCUUCUCCCCAGUGCUGCUCGCCCGGAGUUCUCGGGGCGAAGACAUUUUCGGACUGCAGACGGUGUGCGAACAGUCGGUGGCUAGCACAGGUUGUACCAUGGCAGCGAACAAAUCUUCUUGCGUGCCGCAGCGAGCAAGCAGCCUCAGCUGCAGCCCAGUGGCGAGGACGCGGGUGAGCCGAAACAAAAUCGCGGGGGAUCGUCAUCUCUCUCUAUCGCCGCUGCUAGGAACAAAAAAUGGUAACAAGCGCGUCGUGCAACUUCCGUCCACGACGGAAGCAACGCUGGAACAACUACAUCAAAAAGGUUUACCGGCAUUCUCGCCUGCUGCGAGGGCCGCAAAUAAAAGUCUUGCGGAACAAAACAAGAAAGAGUUUGUUCAGUCUGCUCAUCUGAAGGAGGGUCCUCCGAAGGAAGCACCGUCGAGCGCUGCUGGAUCGCCUUCCCCCGUUGGCCGCGGCUCGGUGUCGUUGAACCCGCCCGCAAACCGGCGGCGCCGGAUCGUGAUUGAACCCUUUGUACCAAAAAUCUCCACCACGGGGCGGUACCCAGACCGGGUGAGGCGGUCACUGGUCGGCAAUUUCCGGUCACUUUCCGAGCAUCCGAGGAAAAGAGAAAGCAACAACCCCACGACGGCUCCGGCUUGUCCUACCACGACCGCGUUACUGCAAACUAAGACGACCAUCUCGGAAAUCACGAUGUCGCAACCGGGAACAAGCGGAAUCGCAGGUGGUACUCAGAAAAUGCAGAAGGAGGCCGAGGUAUUGCAGGCACUGGUUCCACCGCCGUCGGCGCAAUCGGCGGCAAUGAUGGAAGAUGCGAUCUUAGGCCCUACUACCAAGGACAUUGGUUGUUCCGCAGGAACGUCGGGUACUAGGAUAGAGCCAAUAAAUAACCUCAAUGACGAGUCGGCCGUACUACAGCGGGAAGUCGGCACAGAGCCUCAAAUCGACAACGUGAUUGUGCCCCACCACCAGCAACAUUUCAGUAAAGCCAUUUCGCAGGUUGUGGAGCAGCUAGUAGCACAGCUACCCGAAUCUGUGCUCAGACCAUCUUUCGCGGCACACUUACCGAUUUUGGAUAGAAACGCGAAUCCGAAGUUGGAACUACACCAUAAACAAGUCACGACGCCCGAUCAUAAAACAUCCGCGGCUAACGCUGACCUUUCCGCGAAGGAGGAUUUGUCGCUGAGCGUGCUUUGUGCGGACUUCUUUUCGGAUUUUUUGUCCUUACCCGACAUUUUGCGUCUGGAGCAGGUGAGUCGCUGCUUGCUGAGGCACUUUCGCGGACGAGCCUUUGUGCAGUACCAGAAAGUGCACGUGAAAGAGUUCAGUCACGCACUGCUGUUCGGCCUUGGCCACGGCAGGUUUGUGAGAGAGGUGUCCGUCUACGCGGGACCGAAGGGAACUCUGGCCUACGACGAUGGGCGGGGGAACCGGAAGAGCUCUAGCCGCAUGAAAUUUCGCACACCGCCGCCACUGCCACCGUUUGAUGCGGCGAAAUUUGCUGAGAGUAACGAAAGGGCAGUAGACUCCGUAUUGUCGUAUAACGGCACAACUAGUAGUACAACUGCCGCAGGGUCGUCGACGUCCAGUAGCAGUCGGGUGACAUCAGUUCUUUCACCAGGAGGUUCUGCAAAUAGCGCCGUCGCCGGCGGACCCCUGACAACUUCCCAGCAAAUAAACCAGCCUGUGCUGUGGCCGACACCGACUUCCCCGCGCAUCAUCGCGUCCUCCUCGUCGUCCCAGCAGCUGUUCCCGCCCCAGAGCAACAACCUGUUUGCGAGUUCCGACGGUAUCCGGAGCCCGCCCAGUUCUGCUUCCAACAGCUCUGCGUCGGACCGGCGGAACCAGGUGGGCCGCCUUCGCGGGGAUUUGGACCUGUCCAGCUCCAACACCGCUCCGCUUUGGCUGAGCUCCUCCUCCAACGACGACUCCUCCGCGCAGUCCGAAAUCGAGCGGUAUCGCCUUCGCAACCGCCGGGAACCGGCAAGGAGUCCCGCGUCCUCGCGCUUUCCAAGAGCGCGGGAGGAGGAACCGGUCUCCAGCCCGAAUUACACCUCACGGGAUGUCGAGGUGGAGGACCAAAGUGUGAUGACUCCGGGCCGAAUCUGGAACUUCCAACAAGGAUCCGGAGGUGCCGCUUUCGGAGGUGGAGCAGGAGGUCUCACGCAGCAGCAGCUUGUUCCGGCUGCGGGAGAACAGCAGCUGCAGCUUUCGCAAAGAAAUAGUACCGUGCAGCCCGGGCAGAGUGGAGCGACUAGUACGUCGGGGGAGCAUAAUACAACGACUCCGGUUUACAAUUUCUCGGACCUGAUUCCGCCCAUGCCGUAUGAUGAAUCUGAAGUGGACAGGACACGGAACUACAACCUCCCCUCAAGGGUCGUGGGAAAUAUUUUCAACACAAGUAGCUCCACGACCAUUGAACAACAGUUGAGCAAUGAUAUGUCGCGCACUCGCUCAUUCGUACGCGCGUCGCUGACGUCGUCUGGCGACGAGGACGAGAGCGCGCUGCUUCAGCUGCAGCCGACACCCCCGCCGACCACCGCGGCCAGCAUCGAAGCGCCGACUGGAGGCGCGCGUUCACCACUGCUGAACCGAUUGGACGAAGAUGAUGGCACUUCUACCGGGCAAGGACAACAGCUUGCGACAAGUCCCGGCGAGCAGCAGGGGAGCACGAUCUUCACUCCUCGACAGGAAGACGCGCUCUUGGCAACAUCCACCCUGCCCGCGACGCACGCCAGUGCGGCGGCCACACUCGCGGCACGCGCGAUUGUCGCGGAAGCUUUGUCCACGGCCUUGCAGCAUUUGACCAAUCGUACGCGCUUGCUGACGCAGCAGACGUCUAUGCUUCUUUCCCGGUUCGGACAAGAGACCAGCCAGGAAAUGCUUGCGCUCUUGCCGCCCGAGCAGCGGUCCUCUACUUCCGCAGAUCUGCGUGCUCAACAUAGUACUCGGACGUCGCGUGAUCACAGCCGGAACAAUUCGAACCCGAGCCGACCGCCGCUGCCCCGUAGAGAGCGUGGUCCGGCGCAGCUUGUUUCGGAUGAUGCUUUCCUUCGCGGCUUUGCUGACGCAAUUCCGCACUUGCCGGGUGAAGUUCCGAUCGCUCCAUUUGAACUGAAUCCUGUAGCUCCUUCGGGAGCGCAAGUAGAACCCAUUCAAAGUCGUGGGAACGACGAUGCUGUACUGUCUCAAGGAAUUAUUUCAUCCUCAACUACGACCGAUGCUGCGGCGAUCGACCUCGGGACAAUCCGUUCCUCGGCCGCGCUAACGCGAGGAGAGCAGGAAGAUCUAUUGCCGACGCAGCAGGGCGUGGGAAGCGACGCUGUGCCCACGCUCCGAUCUUCCGCUAUCCAAAUCGCCGAUCACGCGGCAGCGAUCGCGCGCAUUCUGGGACGCCGCAACCUCGUCGGCGCAGUAGACCGGAGUACUACAGGUACUAUCACGACCAAUAACCGAGGAUCCAACACCUCCUCUGCCUACGAGGAAAAUCGGCGGUCUCUGGCUGCGGAACUGGUGACGUCCGGAGCGCGCGACGGCGGCGCUUCAACACAGGACGAAUCCGAUGCGUAUGACAUCACGUAUCCGGAGCAGAUGCACGGCGGUAGUACUGGGCGGUUAUUUUCCGCAGGGCAGGCAACUGUACCAGGACCAGCCCUGAACAAUAGCUCGAUGUUCCGGCAGCAGACCAGUAACUUUCGCCGGGAUUUAGACCGAAUCCUGAACCGCCGCGCGACUGACACGACGACGGACCUGGGCGAGUCACAAGGAAGCAUCGGAACGACCACAUCGCCGGCCGGCGGAAACACCAAUCCGACCACUCCGCGCUUCGACAGCACGGCUGCUGACAGCACGACAGCCACGACAGAACAACAAACCUCGAUUGGAGCAUUCACAUCAAGGCCAGAUAGCUUAGCCUCUGCUUGGAGAAAUCUCGUCACUGCUAGUCAGCAGAACUUGCCCAGCGCGCAAAGAGGACUGACGACAGGAGGGACUACAACCGGCACGAACACAACAACCAGAUCUGCUGCGUUGCCCAAUUUGGAGCGCAACCCGUUUUUGGCAAACAGUAGCAACUCCACCCGCGCCAGACGCAUUUCGCAGCGGGAUUACCUGACCAUGCGCAGCGUCGGGCGCAUUCGCGAGCUGGCGACGUCGCUUGGGCACGAGAUUGAGGACGGCGAAGCGAACCAGGAGCUCGAGCGCAGCAGCUUCCACUGUCGGCACUACCAAGCAUCCGCGACGGCGUCCGGCAGUCGCUCGGCCCAGCACAGCAGCCGGAGUUUUCCCACCUACCAUACCGCCGCCGGGGAGUUGACGGAGUUGGACUUUUUGUUUCCAAAUUUAGAAACGCUCCGGCUCUACGAGGUUCCGCGGUACGUUCUCGUCGACGUCACGUUGCCGCUCUUCGCAAACUUGAAGGUGUUCUGUCUCCGGGGCGGGACCCUGGUCGCGCCCGUGGUUUUGGGGGACUUGAAAUUAGGAAGUAGUAGUUGCAGUGGUAAUUAUCUUCCAAGCGCUGGUCCGACGACCGGCUCCUCAUUGUCGCGGAUGCAGAUCAGCACGAUCCGCGAGAAUUCUCCCGGCCCGAAUAUGCAGGCGUCGACCUUCUCGCCGAGAACAGCCAUUGCGGAUCUCGACGUCGAAGCCAACUACAGUGUGAUGGAUGAUGAGAACCAGCAGGCGGAUGAAGAACGUCGCGAUCGCGAACAACAGACGGCCAGUACGACAACAAGGACCACGACGAGCCCGCUCCUAGAUUUGCGCGACGGAAGACUGCAGGGCGGCGCAGAGGGGACAACUACUAGCACAACAUCGGUGCAGCAGGACCACGUUCAGAUCAAAACGGCACGGAGCGAACGCACGUUAAGAGGUUCUCGGAUGAAAAGUUCUUCUGCGGUAGACAGUUUGUCCAUCGCGACGCCAGGGCAAAUGCUGCUGGAAUUCGAGCUGAGCCCGAAGUCGAAUAAAGGAAAGAAGAAGUCGUGCAAGAUGAACUUGGCUAUUGCGGACGAAAAUCCAAGAUUUGAUGCAACAAGUCCAACGCAAAGUCCGGUAGAUGACGAGAAAGAGAAGUUGCAGGCGGUAAAAAACCAAGUGCAGCAGGCCAUCCAGAAAAAGAAACCUGCCGGAGCAGGCUUGCAGGCGAUCCUGGAUGCGUUCGAAAAGGAUUUCGUUAGCAAAGACCAGCAAGAGGUGGAAAACGACAAUGGAACAGUCGCAUCGCCUGUUGCAGCAGUGUCUCCCGCAUCACUCACCGCGGAACUUCUACCGCAAGACCAGCUGGCAGCAGAAGUUGAUGACCAGCUCUCGGUGGUAGAAAAUAACGCUGCAACUGUCGCAGUUGCUGAUCCGCGCUUCCGCAGAUGGCGAUUCCUGGCGGGCGCAUCGCGCGCAAAAUUCUUUUCCGCACAAAAGCUGGACUGCCUGGGACUCGAGUUCGGGCGAGUGAUUGAAACGCUGAAGAACAGUCACCACAAUUACAAGUUCACAAGGCUUUUGCUGACGGCAAUCAUCAACUGCGCCUCGGAUCACGUCCGGAACUGUUUCCCUCCCUUGAUUGAAAAGGAUGGGGUUUUCGGAUGGGCUGUUUCCUCUAUGGGCUCGCGGCGCCGCCCGCCGCGGCCGGCCGAAGUGACCGCACUGAUCGAGAAUUUGUGCGACAGCUUGGAAGAACUCUGCCUGAAAUUGAAAAAGUCGUCGUCACAGCUGGUCUCCUCCGCAACUUGCGCCGCUUGUGGCAUUGCGACAGGAACUUCUGCGAAUGGCAAAAAUAAAAGUAAGUCGACUUCUGACGUCGCUAGUGGUGUUACAACCACAUCUUCCUCUUCGCAGCAAGACGUCCACCUUCUCGGUGACAGUCCGUCAACGACCGUAGUUUCCGUCCGCGGUUUCCCUUCAGGAACCCCGCAAGCCCAACAUCAAGCGGAAAUAAAUAAACCCACCACGACGCGCACCAACAAGCGACAUCAAAACGGUCCUCAGGAUCCGCACGACGCGCUGCAAGCCGUCGCGGAGCGCGUUGCCCUGAUCUCUUGGGCAAUUGGUAGCGUCUUGUCCAGCCCGUACUGCUUUGAUCCCCCGUCGACGCUGUUGGUGCAUGCUUGCAAGGCGGUCUUGGUCGCACUGGAGGCGGUGAACCUGGCGGCGACACAGAAUCUUCGGCUACUGGGGCAACUGAGUCAGCCCUCGGUGUUCGUCACGACGCUGAUGCAGAGCAGCUUCUGUGCCAGUCUAAGCUCGGAACGACUGAAACAGGCGUUGCACGAGGUGCGCCGGUUCUGCUGCCACUCGAUUCUCGUGAUCCUGCGCCGGUCUUUAUUGCAGCAAAGCAAGGCGGAGCGGGCCAUGCGGCAGUUGGUCGCGGAGGUGCCGAACCUGAUCCCCAUUCUGCUACCCCCGGACGACGAAACGUCGGACCAGGCUUUGUGCGUCGUGGAUCUCGUGGCGUAUUUGACCACCUGCACCAACUGGACGGAAACAUCCAAGCGGGCGGCGUUCGACGCCGCGAAGCGCAUCGUGCGUGUCUCGGCAUCCUCUUCGUCGAGCAAGCGGGGGCGUGGUCCAUCUACUGCUUCGGUUGUAGGAGUGAACAACAUGAUAAAUCAACAGGAACAUCAUCAACCGGGCAUUAUUGGAGUGGACCAAUCGACGUCCCGGUUUAUGUCCAAUUCCACAGUGGAUUUACACGGAGCAGGCAACAUCAGCGGGAGUGCGACCACGUUGCAGCUUCUGCCGUCCCCAAGGGCUUCCGCGGGACCACAUAGUACAGCAGCCGCCGCAUCUACUGCCGCUAUUAUUCUUGACGCCACGGUUGAAAUCGAGCCACUACGCGUGGCGAGGAAUGGCGCGAGUGGUCUGAUGGAAGUGGACGAUAGAGGGAAUAACAACAGCUCGUCUAGAACGGCGCACACCUCACUUUCUGGUAGAAACAAUGGAACCACUACAGCCAUCUCUCCACGCACGACAACGGCGUUGCGCAGUAGUACGGGAGCAGAAACCACGAACUCCGCCGUGACUGCGCUUGAGCUUCCCACAAGCGAGUCGGGCGGGGAAGAGUGGGAUCCCUACCACUUGGACAGCCGGAAGUUGGCGCUGGCGGACCGCGGGACGUUCUCCAUGUCCAACUGGAUGAAAUUGAAACGUGGCCUGUCGUCCCCGGGCUCGAAGAGCUCCUCGUGCGCGAGCUCCGGGGGGUCCUAUUUCACGUGCGACCUGUCCAACAGCGAGAACGAAGAGGAGAAACAAAAAGCCGGGGCCAGUAGUACGAAAAAGGCCGCUUCCGCUACAUCGCCGGCAGAAGGGGCCGUGGUCAAAAGUCCUGGGAUUUUGAAAAAGACACCAGAAAGUAAGGCGGAAAAGGACUGCUCAAAAACAUCAGACGAGAGUUCUUCUUCUGCGGAAGACGAGUCUGCACCAUCCUCAGCGGCGAAUGUUGACAAGUCCGCUUCUGCCACAGUCGAGAUCGUAGUUCCGGAAGUAGAACCAAUACAGCCAGCGACGACAACUGCACCAGCUCCGCAAGGAGCGAUUUCCAGCGGAGCUACUACAACAGUGGCUGCUGCUCCACCAGUUGUUCUUGCGAAUACCGCUCAGGAGCUCGAAAACGACCCCGCAACCGCCCCUCUGACGACAUCCUCAGAUGUGACCACGGUUGCGGGCGACGACCUGGCAAUUACGCAAACCGUCGCUGCCAACGACGGAGUUGUUGUACUUCCGACGACGUCUUCCACAGUAGUGCCGACGUCGACCACAACGACCACUACUAUUCGCGUCCCGCAGUACCAACAGGCUGGACCUACGAGGAACAAUGCGUCCGAGGACAACGAAUUCAACCAACUCUCUUCUUCUUCCGCCUCCCGGGACCUGCUGCGCGAAGAGAACGACAUGGAGGAAAACGACCUGCGCGCUGUGGAUGAAGAUCACGAGGAUAAUAUCAACGAAGUACAGCCAGCCCAUGUUGGUUCCCUUGGCAUCAUCAACACCUCCACGUCGAGUUUGUCUUUGUCGCACGCAACCAGUGCGAGCGGAUCGAGCACCCCGACGAUGUCUACUACAAAUCACGGGGGAAGUAACCUGAACCAUCUCACGAUUCCUCUUCCCUCUCCACCGAUGAUGCCGCGGAUUAAUACGGGGGCGGAAGCGCCCACGGAUGAGAACGAGGAUGACAUCAGCAGGGUCAUGGACAGUCGAAUUGUCGACCGGGGAGACCAACUCUCCUUCCAUUUGACGACCUCCUCGCUUUCCGAUUCCAGCAGUUCCAGCAGUGACAACGAGAUUGAGGUGCUCACUAACAACAGUCCCAGCCACCAGCGCCUCACCCUGAGGCGGAACGCGCUGCGGCCCAGCCACCCGGAGGCCGCAGACGACGUGGGGGGCGUGGUCGAUUUGUCUAUGGACCACACGUAUCAACCGAAUAGGAACAACAACAGUAACGCUGUUGCAAGAACAGCGGGACCUACUUCGUCCGGAACCAUCACCCCAGCACCACCAUCGCGAAUCGUACAACCUUUUCGCUACGAUCACAUGCUGGAGUACCCGCCGUUCCGGUACAGCAUUGGGAUCGGGCGCAACAUGGAACAACAGCAGCGGCAGCGAACGCCCAGUCCGCAAGAAGACGUCGACUCUGCAAACGAAACGCCACGCACGAUUUACACACCCGCCAACGCAGGAGCUUCGGCGAGCCAGUUUAUUCCUCCCAUCCCGUCCGCCUGGAGCACUAGCGGGGGACAAAGUGUGCCCAUGACGCCGACCAACACGCCUGCGGUUCUCAAUUCGCCGCAGCAGCACAUGCCAGGCGCGGCUCCGCCGACCGGGGAGUUGUUUGCCGUGGCCUCGCAGGCUGGCCCAGCGAGCGAGACUGCGAUUUUGAAUGCGGUGAGUAAUCAUGCAGCAGCUUCGUUUGCCGGUGGAGUGGCGGAAAUGAACAAUGCAGUACCUCCGCAGCAGCUGAACACCAAUAAUGUUGCGCCGGCACAUCCGGACUACAGCAAUUUUGACUUCGAUACUGGUCACCGCGUUCGGCGCAUGUACAGUACGGCGAUGCAGGUGGGCUACCAGCACGAGAGAGCGCAGUCCCGCAGCGUCCCGCCGCCGGAGGUGCGGAAUGUGGUGCAGAACACCUACAGUCUGUACGACGAGAUUAUCAUGCAAGAAGAAGAGGACGUGGAAUCUGAGGAGCAAGCGCUGCUGCACCGCGAGCGGCGGAGAAUUCGCGGAUCCAGUUCCUCGUCUGCGGCGAAUCAACAGCAGAACAACAACAGUACUUCUGCAACUGCUGGAAGUGGUAAUAUCAACAUCUCUGCUUCUCCGGUCACCUCGACUGCGGCGGCCGGCACGAACUGGUGGAGGGCCCGGGGCCAGGCGAUUGGUAGUUCAUCGUCCACUGGCAAUAAUAAUUCGCGGAACGACAAUUCCAGUACAAACCACCACCGGCGGGCGCACGAACUCCAGGCCGGCGCGGUGGAGCACCAGCUCGGAGUAGGCCAAGAUCAUGUCUUCGACCUCUCGCAGCAAACCCUGUCCGCGUCGGGUGGUGGCUACGUGGCGGCGCCGGACACAUCGGCGGUGGAGUCAGUACACUUGACUUCCAGCUCCAGCGACCAGGACAGCGAUGCCGGCGGGUCGUCGCAGCAGCUGCGCCGCAUCGAGGCCAGUAACAACGUCCACUUCGCGUCGGACGAUACGAGUAUUCCGCCCCAGGGAAACACACAGCUGCAGCAGUCGGGGAGCGAUUCUGCUGGAGUUGUUGGGGGAAAUCAAGAGGCUGACGAUGCGCCAACAACCAUAAUUUCCUCUCCCGGCCAGCAAACUCGAGCAAGUGUUGCUGGUGGCGUGAACAGAAGCGUGAACACAAUUCGUGCGGCCACGGACCAGGUCGCGUCGCGCCUUUUCCCGUCCUGGAACACAAACGUGACCAGUGCGACAAGCGGAGCGCGAACGUCCACCUCUGCGAGUACCAGUCUCGCGUUGGCCGCGGCCAGUCGCAGCUAUGUCCUGGACACGCCGGAAGUGAACGUGAACAACGACGAGGCUCUGGGCCGGCCAACACCGUUUGGCUUGAAUCCGUACACGAGACAGAACAACUACCCCACGAAUCGGGCGAGGCGAAUUCUCGACUGGGAUACCUUUUCGCAAACUGCCAGCAACGAAGCAAACGCGAAUGGUGGAACUGCCGCGGCUGCGCGUGCGGCUUUUCAGCAAAGGAACGGAAUAAAUCCCUUCAUGGGCGGCGGCGGGCUGGCACCUCCGAGAGGGGCAAAUGCAAGCAAUGGAACAACCGCAUCUGGGCCACCCACUGGGAUGAAUGCACCUCCCGGUGGAAUAAAUGCGAACAACAUCACCGCUGGAAGAAUCACACCCGCCUCGUUCGGUUUGUUCGGCUCGCACCGGCGUCAGCCGCGGCCGCCGGCGAUUGAUCACAGGUCUCACGCGGUCACGAGUCAGGAGUACGUGCGUCAAAUGGAGUCGGGCGCGUUUGCGGACAUCUUUCCGUUCUUAACCGACGGGUCGUACACAACAUCAAGCAGCAGUUCCGGAGGAAACAAUUCUGCGUAUGGUAAUUCUACGUCCUCUUCGAGCAACAGUUCUUCUUCGUCUUCCAGUAGUUCUUCUUCGUCGAGCAGUCACGACCAGGAGAGCAACGAAAAUGAAGACAAUUCCGCCGUGUUCAGUCUCCUCGACCAAGCUGCGCGGACGGCGACCACACGAGCGGGUUCGUCUAGUUCCUGGUCGAAUUCAGGGUCCUCUGACGUCGUCGCAAUGGUCAAUAAAUCCACGGGCUUGGAGCAGGAUCCAACAACUAAUACUAGUCGCAGGAGCAAGACAACCACUGCUCCUGCCCCACCAAAGCUGAAUUCGGGGCAGCGCAUCCGGCACUUUCACGCAAGCCAGAUUUUGGACCGGCUGGCCUACAGCGGCUACCGACCCGCACUGCAAGACCGGGGACAGUUGAAGAAGCGGAAGGAGUGGCAGGCGGCGCUGCGGCCCGGCACGCACGUGGACGCCAUGGACACCGAGCAGGCCGCCUGGUACGAGUCCUACAUCGUGAGUAUCAACGAGGACGCGUGUCUGGUGCACUUUCUGGGGUGGAACACCACGUGGCGGCGGCACGUGUUUUUGAAGUCCGCGGACGCGUUGAGGCUACAGCCGCGCAACUGGGUCGUCCCGGAGUGGCGGCGCAAGCUCAAGCGCUUAGAUAGCCUGGAUGUCAAAAUUCCGCUCGCACAGACCUUAGGAAGCAAACUGGAGAUGCACGCAUUUUUACCCAUUUUGCAGCAGAUGAGUUGUACUAGUAGUUCAUCCGCGGGACAAGAAGGACCACACGGAGCUGUAUCCUCGUCCUCUACGCAACCAGCAGAGCAGCAACAGACGACUUCGGAGGGGAACAACCUCCAGAGUAAUAUCGCCGCUACAGAACAGACCUUAGGAUCCGCCCUGCCGACAGUGGCGGAAAAUAGUACAUCAGCCUCGACUGAUGUAAAUGGAGCCGCGGCAGGUUCUCUAUUGUCCAGCAGUAGUCCCAGAGGACAUCAACAUCAGCAGUCCACCACAACAAAUACAGCCAAUCCGGUGGGACGCACCCCGACUGGCUUGCCACAGGGAGCGGUGUUAGAAAAGGGGGAUUGUAUUCAUCUGCAGGCCGGCAUCGAGAUUUGUAGCUUUGAGGAAGAAAAUCUAGUGGAAUUGCGGCCGCGAUGGAAGGUGGCGCAGAUCAUCCAGCUCCGCGACCGAUAUGCGCAGGUGCGGGUUCUCGGGAAUCCGUUCCCGCGGGAAAGGACGGCAGACCUCGCCGCUGCAACCUUCGGGGCGAUUUUGGAUGGAGGGUAUCUUAUGUUGCUUCACUUGCUUCAACUAUGCAUUUUUUUAUAUUUGGGACGACUACGGGCAGCCCAGUAACUCUUUUGUCUUACGGAGAAGCUGCAAGGAUGGGUGCAUCUUCCUUUUCGUUGAUAGUACUAGGCUGUUCCCUCUGAAAAUUCUCCUACGUAAGUUCACGAUUAAGUACUUCAGAUGUUUUCUUUAUCGCUCAUCAAAAACCACGAAACAGGUACACGCUCGCCUUCUGGGUCGACCUCUACGGUAAUUCCGUGCAGCCGUUCGGAACACACACCAUAAAGCCGUCGACGCGUCGGCCGGUGUGGAGCUUUCUGGAGGCGCCGAAUCCGCCGCACAUAAGCGCCGACGACCGUUGGGAGGUCACGGAAGAGGAAACCCCGUUGCGCCCGCACAUGUUUGCGGCCUAAUAGAGACAGAUACUUAGCUUUUAUGGUGGCUUUCGAUUUGAUAUUCAUCAGGCUUCGCAGCGAAGCAAAUUUUGAAUUUUUGACUUUUAUUUAUCUUCGUCUUUACAGUUCGAUUUCGAUUCGUAAGAGCUUUGAUUUCGUGGAGUGUAGAAGUAAAAGCUCUUUGGAUCAUCGUUUUUCCGCAGACUACAGAGGAGUAUAUUGUAUGAUUUUUCUUGACCGUCAGUUCGUUUUUUUUUUUCGGAAGGUAAACAGAGUUGCAUAAUCAGACUAUGAACGACUGAUGAGAUUCAAUUUCAAAUAUAUUUUCGUUCCCUGACGGAGCAUCAAUUCGAGGCCAAUAACUACUACCCUUUUUUUUUCACCCCCUCGCCAAAAGCAUUUCUUUCGAAAUAUCUUUAUCUGCCCCCACAGCAUAUCGAAUCCACCCGAUGCGUUUGACAACCUAAAGUUUUAUUUUUUGAUCUCUCUCUAACUCUAUCACCAGCCACUAUCAGCUUCAGCACGAACAA